AUGUCAGCAGUUUCAGCUUCGAAAGCCAAGAGAGAGCAAAAGCGUUUGGAAAGAGAGUCAAAGAAGGCAGCCGAUGGAAAGAGUGUCAAAAAGACAAAGAAACAGGCAGAGAAGGACGCCGCUGAGGAGGAAGUAGAAGACACGUCGGCGCAGAUUGCCAAAUUAAAGUUGCAGACGGACGAACAUGGAUUGUCGGAUAGAGUCACCACCGGUGUCUUGGACUCGUUGCAGACCUCGAGAGAUAUCAAGAUCUCGUCCUUGUCGCUUUUGUUCCACGGAAAGGUCUUGAUCCAGGAUUCGACUUUGGAAUUGAAUUAUGGCCGUAGAUACGGUUUGCUUGGAGAGAAUGGCUGUGGGAAAUCGACUUUGUUGAAAUCGAUUGCAGCAAGAGAGUUGCCCAUUCCUGAACACAUUGAUGUCUACUUGUUGAACGAGCCAGCUGAGCCAACCGAUUUUUCAGCCUUGGAGUAUGUUGUCCGGGAAGCCGAGCACGAAAUGAAGAGGUUGGAAGAUUUGGUGGAGGAGUUGAUUGUCAAGGAAGGACCCGAGUGUCCGCAGUUGGAAGGAAUUUACGAAAAGAUUGAUGAGAUGGACCCUUCUACUUUUGAAUCGAGAGCCGCCAUCAUCUUGACCGGUUUGGGUUUCAACUCGGUCACCAUCAAGAAGAAAACAAGGGACAUGUCUGGUGGUUGGAGAAUGCGUGUUGCUUUGGCCAAGGCAUUGUUUGUCAAACCGACACUUUUAUUGUUGGAUGACCCAACUGCCCACUUGGACUUGGCCGCUUGUGUCUGGUUAGAAGAGUAUUUGAAAAGAUUUGAUCGAAUUUUAAUCUUGGUGUCACACUCGCAAGAUUUCCUCAAUGGUGUUUGUACCAAUAUGAUUGAUAUGAGAUUGAAAUUGCUCACCAUGUAUGGUGGUAACUACGACACCUAUAUCAAAACAAGAACGGAAUUGGAGACUAACCAGAUGAAACAAUACGCAAAACAACAGGAGGAAAUUGCCCACAUCAAAAAAUUCAUUGCAUCAGCUGGUACUUAUGCUAAUUUGGUCAAGCAAGCUAAAUCGAGACAAAAGAUCUUGGACAAGAUGGAGGCUGACGGUUUGAUUCAACCAGUUGUGCCAGACAAGGUCUUCACAUUCAAGUUCCCCGAGGUUGAAAAAUUGCCUCCACCAGUGUUGGCCUUUGACGACAUGUCAUUUUCCUACUCGGGCAAGGACGAGGACAAUUUAUAUGAACACUUGGAUAUCGGUAUCGAUAUGGACUCGAGAGUGGCUCUUGUUGGACCAAAUGGUGUUGGAAAAUCGACAUUGUUGAACUUGUUCCAAGGUAAGUUGACUCCACAAAAGGGAAGAGUCAUCAAACACACACACAUCAAGUUGGGUGUUUACUCCCAGCACUCUGCAGACCAGUUGGACUUGACCAUGACCCCAUUGGAAUUUGUCCGUACCAAGUUUGCCAGCAUCUCACAAGACUACCAAUACUGGAGAGGUCAAUUGGGCCGUUAUGGUUUGAGCGGUGAAGCACAAACUGCACAAAUGGCCACCUUGUCGGAAGGACAGAGAUCUCGUGUCGUGUUUGCCUUGUUGGCUUUGGAGAGCCCCAACUUGAUCUUGUUGGAUGAACCCACCAACGGUUUGGACUUGUCCACAAUUGACUCCUUGGCUGAAGCUAUCAAUGCCUUUAACGGUGGUGUCGUGGUGGUUUCGCACGAUUUCAGAUUGCUUGACAAGGUUGCCAAGGAUAUUUUCGUUAUUGAAAACAAAACGGCCACAAGAUGGAAUGGCUCCAUCUUGGACUACAAGAAAUCGUUGGCUGAUAAAGUUGUAUUAUAG